AUGACAGUUGAAUCCAUGAAAGUUGACAUAAUAGGUGAAAAAACUGAAUCUAGUUUAAAUGGCGAAGUUCUAGAUAGCAAUGUAGAAAAUCAAAAUACCAAGAUACAAUCUGACUCUAUUAAGCGUUUUGAGAUAAAAAAGUGGAAUGCAGUUGCAUUGUGGUCAUGGGAUAUUGUCGUUGAUAACUGUGCUAUAUGCAGAAACCACAUCAUGGAUCUAUGUAUUGAAUGUCAAGCAAACAACUCUAUGCAAAGAAGUGAUGAAUGCACUGUUACCUGGGGCCAAUGUAACCACGCAUUUCACCUACAUUGUAUAUCUAGAUGGCUUAAGACAAGAAAUGUUUGUCCUUUAGAUAAUACAGAAUGGUCUUUUCAAAAAUAUGGCAGAUAA